UUAUCAUUAGCUGCUGACGCGCUCUUUGGCUCUUUGCUCAAAACCAACAUAUCAGCUUCCAACAAACGCUGAGAUUUGUUAGAGUGCGGUAGAAGCAACAAGUCUCCCAAUGAAUCUCCCGAGGGAAUACAGAAAGCUGGUUUGCGUCAAAGUAACUCCCAACUUCAGAGAAGCCGUGUCCGUCGUCACGGAACGUACAACUAAACUGGAACGCGAUGAAGUCUUCCUGAAAACCAAGUACGUCGGUAUCAACGCUUCGGACGUGAACAUCACCGCGGCAAGGUACUGGGCAGCAACACCGCCUUUUAACGUCGGCGUCGAGUCCGUGGCCGAAGUGGUUGCAGUCGGCGAUGACGUCACAUACCUCAGCGUCGGUAGUGCAGUGGCAACAAUCAACUUCCCUGGUUUUGGAGCUUUCUCGGAGUACCAAUGUGUUCCAGCGUCAAAAGUUCUUCCGAUUCCGCAAGCAGUGCCCGACAGCAUACCUCUUCUUAUAAGUGGACUGACUGCUGCAAUCGGCUUGGACGAACAAGGCAGAAUAAAAGAGGGCGAAACGGUCUUGAUCACCGCCGCCGCAGGCGGGCUAGGUCAUAUCGCCGUGCAGUGGGCUAAAGCAGCAAAAUGCCACGUCAUCGCCACAUGCUCUUCUCCAGACAAGGAGGAGUUCCUGAAAAGCAUCGGUUGCGACAAAGUCAUCAAUUACAAGACUCACGACCUAGGGGCGGAGCUGGAUAAAAGCUACCCGAAGGGGGUAGACGUCGUCUGGGAAACCAUCGGAGGCAAGACGUUCGAAGUCCUCUUGAAUCAUUUGAGCAUCAGGGGAAGACUAGUAGUAGUAGGCGCCAUUACGGGAUACCAGAGCAGUGACAAUGCUUUCCCUGAUGUGGACCUCACAGAUCUGCCCUCCAGGCUUCUGAUUCGUUCAGCCAGUGUGAGCGGAUUUUUUAUGUCGCAUUACUAUCAUAUGUAUCCGGAGUAUAUGGCGAGGCUGAACAAUAUGCUGCAAGUUGGCAAGAUUGUUCCGAAGGUGGACUUUGGGAUCAAUGAUGAUGGUGGCGAGUUAAAGGGGCUUGAAGGCUGCAUUCGAGGCGUCGAGUAUCUUCACUCCGGGAAAAGUAUCGGCAAGGUAGUUGUGAAGAUCGAUUAAUUCGUGCAGUUUUAUUACAACAUCACACCGGAUUGUCUCUAUGGUUCGAGGUUUUGCUAACUCAACACUAACUCAAGAUAAAACAUAUCUUCAGUUGAAACUCAACAUAAAACAUAUCUUCAGUUGAAAAAAUGUAUAGUUAUUAACACGACGAACUGAUGUCGUGUUCAGUUUUGUGCAUAGUGAUGAACGUUCAAGUGUGUGCUUUUUAUAUUGUAUUUCACUAAGUCUUUUUCUUUUGUCGUAAUAUCGAGAACAACGAACUUUUUCCGCAGUGAAGCGCGUGCUGGUUUAUUUAAUUACGUAAACAAGAGAAGUUAUUAUGAAAACAAUCUAAGGGCAUCAUUCGUUUAUCAAAAAUCCUUAAUGCUG